AGCUAAAAUACCUGAGCUCAGAUCCCAUCUCACAGUUGUCGACACUUUCUUCUCUCCUCUCCAAGGUCCCUUGCCCUUUCGCUCUCUCUCCCCUUCUUCUGAUACUUCUUCAAUUCUUCUUCUCUUUCAGUUUCUAAUGGGUUUCGCAACAAAUGGAUCUGCGGAUAAGCCAUUGAAGUUCCUGAUCUAUGGCCGCACCGGGUGGAUUGGAGGUUUACUGGGUAAGCUCUGUGACGCUCAGGGAAUCGAAUUUGCCUACGGUACAGGUCGGCUUGAGGACCGAACUUCAUUGGAGUCUGACAUCGCCGCCGUUCGGCCCACUCAUAUCUUCAACGCUGCUGGUGUCACUGGUCGACCUAACGUCGACUGGUGUGAGUCCCAUAAGGUGGAGACAAUCCGCACCAAUGUUGUUGGAACCCUAACCCUUGCAGAUGUUUGCAGAGAGAAAGGCUUGAUCUUGAUCAAUUAUGCUACCGGUUGUAUCUUUGAGUACAAUAAGGAACACCCGCUUGGGUCUGGGAUCGGAUUCAAGGAGGAGGAUAGCGCAAAUUUUAUUGGAUCCUUCUAUUCCAAGACUAAGGCCAUGGUGGAAGAUCUACUUAAGAACUAUGAGAAUGUCUGCACUCUUCGAGUCAGGAUGCCCAUCUCAUCAGAUCUGUCCAACCCUCGCAACUUUAUCACAAAGAUUACUCGAUAUGAGAAGGUGGUUGACAUUCCCAAUUCAAUGACAAUCUUGGAUGAACUCCUGCCGAUCUCCAUCGAUAUGGCAAAGAGGAACCUCACUGGAAUCUAUAAUUUCACUAACCCUGGAGUCGUAAGCCACAAUGAGAUACUGGAGAUGUACAAGGAAUACAUGGACCCAAAAUUCACGUGGAAGAACUUUACCCUGGAGGAGCAGGCAAAAGUUAUCAUUGCACCUCGGAGCAACAACGAACUGGAUACAACUAAACUGAAGCAGGAAUUCCCAGAUCUUCUACCCAUUAAGGAGUCACUCAUAAAGUAUGUGUUCAAGCCAAAUCAGAAGACUUCUUCAGCUUGAAAGUUCUAGGUUGGAUGCUUUUGUUUUUCUGGUCUAAUUUUAGCAGCUUUGUCUGGGGGAUUUUAUUGUUGAAAAUUGUUUAAGAUGGAGAAGAAAGUUGACCACUCUCUACUAAGCAGGGCAUCUCCCCCAUUGUAUGCAGGAAUAGCUUCAAUUUCAUCUUUGAACGUUGUGUUCUUGUCAAUUUGACAAUGAACAGACUAGUUUAUUUAAAGGGUAAAUGAAAUGAUCUAAAUUUUUCAUUCAUAAAAA